AUGGGGUCCGUCUGCAAUGUGAAUGGCAAGGCAGUGGCAGUGCCGUCUUAUGCUGAGAAGAUUUUGGUGGUGGACCCUGCAACUGGCCAGGCUUCGGCCCUCGACCUCCCUGCAGGCAUUGAUGCAAGAGGCAAUGCGAAAUACAUGUCCGUCUGCAAUGUGAAUGGCAAGGCAGUGGCAGUGCCGAAUCAUGCUAAGAAGAUUUUGGUGGUGGACCCUGCAACGGGCCAGGCUUCGACCCUCGACCUCCCUGCAGGCAUUGAUGCAAGUAGGGAAUGGAAAUACAGGUCCGUCUGCAACGUGAACGGCAAGGCAGUGGCAGUGCCGUAUAAUGCUGAGAAGAUUUUGGUGGUGGACCCUGCAACUGGCCAGGCUUCGGCCCUCGACCUCCCUGCAGGCAUUGAUGCGCACAGGGAAUGGAAAUACUUGUCCGUCUGCAACGUGAAUGGCAAGGCAGUGGCAGUGCCGUAUAAUGCUGAGAAGAUUUUGGUGGUGGACCCUGCAACUGGCCAGGCUUCGGCCCUCGACCUCCCUGCAGGCAUUGAUGCAAGUAGGGAAUCGAAAUACAGGUCCCUCUGCCUCCCUGCAGGCAUUGAUGCAAGUAGGGAAUCGAAAUACAGGUCCGUCUGCAAUGUGAAUGGCAAGGCAGUGGCAGUGCCGGCUUAUGCUAAGAAGAUUUUGGUGGUGGACCCUGCAACGGGCCAGGCUUCGGCCCUCGACCUCCCUGCAGGCAUUGAUGCGCACAGGGAAUGGAAAUACUUGUCCGUCUGCAACGUGAAUGGCAAGGCAGUGGCAGUGCCGAAUCAUGCUGAGAAGAUUUUGGUGGUGGACCCUGCAACUGGCAAGGCUUCGGCCCUCGACCUCCCUGCAGGCAUUGAUGCAAGUAGGGAAUGGGAAUACUUGUCCGUCUGCAACGUGAAUGGCAAGGCAGUGGCAGUGCCGCUUUAUGCUGAGAAGAUUUUGGUGGUGGAGCUGCCGCAAUCCACGGUGUUGAGCUUCAGCCUGCACCAGAGUGCUGUCCAGCACACACCCGUUUUCGCCGAGCUGGUGGCAGCUUUGUUGAGCUACUGGGUGUACACGGACGAGCCGGAACCCCCACAUCUCGAGAGUACCGCCAUGCAAGUUCAUCGAGUGGUUCAGCCGGUCGAGUUUGGUUCAGCCGUGAAGAUCGCCACCGUCACUGCUGACUUACCAACUGGCAAGGUGCUGUACGUCGCCUUUAAGGGCACUUCCUACAUCCUGGAUUUCUACAACUGGAACCUGGAGCAUCAUCACACCAUGACGCAAGAUCCCGACUUCUUCGUCCACGGCGGAGCUGCGAGCACAAUCCAGGAGGCUAGCUUCUGGCAUGAGCGGAGUUUUGCAGAGCGUUUACAGGAGGCGAGGAAGAACGGGGUGCGGAGGGUCGUUUUGACAGGCCACUCCUUGGGAGGAAUGUAUGCAGCAUUGGCACUUUACAAAUACUGGAAGAAGAAGGAUGGCCAGGAUGGCGCCUCGCAGGAAGUCGUGUCUCUUCCGUCCAAUUUCGACGUGCGGUGCGUCACCUUUGGCUCUCCGAUGGUCUUCGGUGGCAGCUCCCACCAAGCGCAACAAUUUAAAGCAUUUGCGCAGAAGCGAGCCGUGAACUACAUCAAUGAGAACGACCCCUGCCCCCGUGCCUGGGGCGCCCUGAAUCUCCAACAGUUUGUGGAAGUGGCGGUCAAAACCGUUCAGAAGGGAUUGGUCGACGAGCAGGGCAGCAUCUCUGGGUUUGUGGCAUCGAAGGUCGUUGGAGCGGCUGCAGAAAAAGUCCUGAACCGACAGGACUUUCGCCAGAUCGAGGACCUUGCUGAACGGUAUGAGCACUUUGCAGAGCUAAAGGUGUUGAGUUCUCAGCGGCAGGUCGCUCGCUGGAAGGAGUUCCAGCUCACCCCAGAUUGUCUGAAAGACCACUCCGUGUUGGCUUACGUGAACCGGCUCUUCGAUGCCUUCGACGACAGCCGGCCCGAGUGCCAUGUGCACACCCAGGAAUCUCGCGCCGUACCCAGUGGCGAAGCCCUUAGCAGCCUUAGCAAUCCCUUUUCGGGAGCUUACAAUCUGACCUGGAUUGACAGAUUUUUAGCCAGAAUUUGGCCAACAACCAGCCAGAAGGCGCUGGCAGCGGGGUGA